UAUGAUGAAUUUACAGACGAGAGUAAGGAAUCUCAUCAGAGGGGAGUUCUUGGAGUCCCGAUCGGAGUCUUCAAUCGAUGUUAUCAAUACUGCGACACAAGAAGUAGUUUCUAGGAUUCCAUUGACUACAGACGAAGAGUUUAAAGCGGCGGUUAACGUUGCAAAAAAAGCUUUUCCUAAAUGGAAGAAUACUCCAGUUACUUCAAGGCAGCGGGUUAUGUUCAAGCUCCAAGAGCUCAUUCGAAGAGUCAUGGAUAAGCUUACUAUGAAUAUUACAACUGAACAGGGGAAGACACUUAAAGAUGCUCAGGGUGAUGUUUUCUGUGGUUUAGAGGUGGUGGAGCAUGCUUGUGGGAUGGCAACACUCCAGAUGGGGGAAUACGUGUCAAAUGUUUCAAGGGGAAUUGAUACAUAUAGUAUCAGGGAGCCUCUUGGUGUCUGUGCAGGGAUAUGUCCUUUCAAUUUUCCUGCCAUGAUUCCCUUAAUGGUAUAACUCUAUUGCUUUUUUUCAAAUUUGUAUGCAUGUUUUGUGUUCGAUUCUAAUUGAAAUUGCUUUAUGCAUAUUGUUGGAUUGGCUUCAUGGGUUAACGAUGUGUUGGUUGCUUUAUGUUAUAGUCAACUUUUAGUUUCAC